CACUGGUUUCCAGGAAGUGUACUGUGGGCGCGUCUGAACGGUCUCGGUGGUGUAUUAGGGCGGAAGUGAAGCUGAAACGAUACCGGCAGAGUCUGAUGUAUGGCUUUCUGCGGGAAGAGGUGAGGUGAGACCGCUGGACCCGGACUGUCAGUCUUCUUCCUGCAGUGGGGGGAGUCCCUGCUCCAUAGAUACCAAUCUGGGGUCAAGAGUGACUCCGGUCAUGCUGUUCCCCUCUGUGGGAAGCCAGAUCAGAUAGAUGAAUUCCAUCUCUCCCGUGGGCACUCAGUACGGCAGCCCCAGGGGACAACGACGCCAGGUCGUACUUGGGAGCCCUGAUCGGCCUAAGAUGGGUUACCAAGGAGCUGGCCAAGACGCGGAGAUUGAUGAGGUGGAUAAACUCAAGAGCAAACUGCUGACUGCAUGGAACAAUGUCAAGUAUGGCUGGACAGUGAAGAUGAAGACAAAUUUCAACAGAGUAUCACCCUUAUAUUUGUUGGGCAAACGCUACCAGUUCAGGCUUGAAGGUGACAUAGAACAUUUCCAGAAGGAUUUUGUCUCACGGGUUUGGCUGACGUACAGACGGGAUUUUCCUGCUCUGGAAGGGACCCAGUUCACGACAGACUGCGGAUGGGGCUGUAUGAUCAGGAGCGCACAAAUGUUACUGGCGCAUGCUCUGCUGAUGCAUCUUCUAAACAGAGAUUGGUUCUGGCCAGAAGCAUUAAACUUCGUAGAAAUGGAAUCCAUGCGAUCAUCUUCCCCAUCCAGCUCAAAUCCAUAUCCCAUCCUGUCCUCAACUGCCAGCCGGUCAAGGACCCUCCCAAACCGACAUCCUCCACAGGUUCCUCACCAAGAGCUGAUCCACAGGGACAUCCUGCGCUGGCUGUCAGACCACCCUGAUGCCCCUUUUGGUCUCCACCACAUGGUUAAAUUAGGAGAAAGCCUCGGCAAGAAGGCUGGAGACUGGUAUGGCCCCAGUAUCGUGGCUCACAUCCUGCGGAAAGCCCUGGAAACGGCAUCGGCAGUCCCGGAGCUAUCGGUCUAUGUGUCCCAGGAUUGCACAGUGUACAGGGCGGAUGUGGAGCAGCUGCUGGAUGGAUCGGAUUGUGCCCCAGAGAGGAGUCUUGCUGGGAGGGCCGUUAUCAUCCUCGUACCUGUACGUCUCGGGGGCGAGCAUUUCAACCCAGUAUAUAAGCAGUGUAUUCAGGAGUUCCUGCAGAUGCCAGCAUGCCUAGGCAUUAUAGGAGGGAAACCCAAGCACUCACUGUAUUUCAUCGGCUACCAAGAUAACGAUCUCUUAUACCUGGAUCCACAUUACUGCCAGACCUACAUUGACACCAGCAAGGAUGACUUUGCUUUAGAAACCUUUCACUGUAAAUUCCCUAGGAAAAUGCCCAUCGUGAAGAUGGAUCCAAGCUGUACAUUUGCUUUCUAUGCAAAAAAUCGUGAACAUUUUGGAACACUUUGCGAUCAGCUAGUAAAGGUGCUGAGCUCCACGUCCGCAGAGGAGAAGUACCCUGUAUUCAGCAUCUCAGAUGGUCAGGCUCAGGAAUUCUUCAAUGCAGACGGGCCAGCCCUCUCCACUUUUGCCCGCCGUAAGAGGGGGACAAUGGCGAAGAGACCCAGCUCAGAUGAGUUUGAGUUCUUAUGAGAGGGGGACUUGUAUAAUUUGUCCAGUAUUUUGCCAAUUUUGGUAUUCAUUACUUUUUAGGGCUGCUGUUUAGGGAUUAAAGCAAUUCAGUCUCUUUUUGAUGAGACGUGACACUGA